GGUCUCAGUCAGGCGUUUGCCCCCUUGGUGGCCCCACUGACGCCAGAGUGUUGCGUGACGUCAAGUUAGCCCUGCCACAUGAACAAUCAAGUGCCCAUAGCCUCUUCUCUGCUCUCUGCCAGGCAGUCAUGGCUCUCCUGUCCAUCCUCACGCCGGUUCUGGUAGUGGUCCUGUGCCUGGUGAUAGGCUUCAUGCUGCUGAAGCCACAGGAGACAGGGACCCCUUCGACCAAAACUAAUCUGGUAUCAAAAGCGGACUUUAGACCGUGGGUGGACCAGGACUUACAGGACGACACGAAAGUCACAGCAAGGGAGGACGAGGAUGGUGAUGUGGUGGACGGCAAUGAAGAGGAGGACUCUCCACACGUACCCUUCUCCCUACCUCGUUACCCUGAAGAAACAAUUCUGAAGAGGGCCGAGGAUUUCUACACACUGAUGAACCAGAGGAGAUCUGUCCGGUUCAUCAGCCCAGAGCCAGUCCCACGAGAAGUCAUUGACAUUGUCAUCCGCACUGCAGGUACGUCCCCUAGUGGAGCCCACACAGAGCCCUGGACGUUCAUUGUGGUGUCAGACGCAGAGGUGAAGCACCAGAUCCGUCUGAUAGUGGAGGAGGAGGAGGAGAUGAACUACCGUCAGAGGAUGGGGGACAAGUGGGUCCAUGAUUUGGCUAAAAUGAGGACAAACUGGAUUAAGGAGUACCUGGAUAUUGCGCCAUACCUGGUCGUCAUCUUCAAACAGACCUACGGGAUUCUACCAAACGGCAAGAAAAAGACACACUACUACAAUGAAAUCAGUGUCUCCAUAUCCUGUGGAAUCCUACUGGCUGCAUUGCAGAAUGCGGGUCUGGUUACCGUCACAUCGACUCCCCUCAACUGUGGCGCCGGGCUUAGGCAGCUCCUCAAAAGGCCAGCAAAUGAGAAGCUGCUGAUGCUACUUCCUGUAGGUUACCCUGCAUCUGAUGCCACCGUGCCGGAUUUUAAACGGAAGCCUCUUGAUGAAAUCAUGGUUCAUAUAUGACAGAAUCAAUCUGCAGAGGGAAUAAAACAUUUUUUUAAAAGCA